UAUGCAGAAAGUGAAGCUUUGUAGUUGAAUUUUUUGCUCCACACAAAAUUUCCUCCGGAUCAGAGAAGUUCCUACUCUCUGCUUGUCACCAACUAAUAAUUAGCAUCAGCCCGUCUUAUCCACAAUUCUCCUCAUUAUCAACCAUCACAUCACAUACUUCAGGGUCGCAGAAGGCAAAUAGACGCGAAACUACAUAUUUCGAUUGAAAACACUGAAUGAAAUGCUGUGCAACAUGAACCCAUGAUGACGAUAUAAUUUUUCAUGUGACCCUGUGCUUCUUAUCUAAUUCAAGAAUAUCAAGAUAAAGACAUAUUGGAUGGGAAUGUUCAGUUAAAAGUGGAGUUUGAAUUCUUUUGAUGUGUAGAAUUUUAAGAUUUAAAUGCAAUUCGUUGUGAGUUUAAAGUGGUCAGUGUGAAAGUGCAAAAGAAAGAUCAAAAGCUGAAAGAAUACGAGUAGUUUAAACUGCAGUAAGUUGCAGUUUCGACUGACUUGUUUGUUAGUUUUUUGCGCAAGGACGUAAAUAAACUGCAUCAAGCUGGAUCGAUAUAAUUUGGACACCAUCAUCUUGCCCACAACUGGGACAAUGGACUAUAAAAAAGUCCACAACAGCUUCAAAAAGGAAUUCAGGAUUGUUGGAGAGGAAGAAUCUCCACAAUCCUUGAUGACCAGCAACAAUAUGUACAGAAUCGGAGAUUACGUAUUUUUUGAGGCAGCUCCCACUCUACCAUAUCAAAUUCGGAGAAUAGAAGAGCUUAAUAAGACCCCAAAUGGUAACGUGGAAGCCAAAACAAUGUGUUUCUUCAGAAGGAAAGAUCUACCACAAUCCUUGACGAUGCUGGCCGAUCGUCAUUACAGUGCCUUAGAAGAAGACGAGUGGAAAGAUCGAGAUGGCCUUUCCACAAAACAGAAACACUUGUUAAAACAUCGUGAACUUUUCCUCUCACGACAAAUUGAAACUCUUCCUGCUACACAAAUCCGUGGAAAAUGUUCAGUCACACUUUUAAACGAGACGGAAAGCUUGCUGUCCUACCUCAACAAAGAUGAUACGUUCUUUUAUUCGUUGGUAUACGAUCCUCAACAAAAAACUUUACUGGCUGAUCGGGGCGAAAUUCGUGUAGGUCAGAGGUACCAAGCUGAAAGUGUAAAGCCCAGGCUAAAAGAAGGAGAAUCUGAUGAACGGGAAUUGACAGAAAUGGAAACAAUGAUUUGGACUCCUGAGCAUGGAUUAACGGAUAAACAAAUAGAUCAAUUUUUAGUCAUAUCCAGAUCAGUAGGGACUUUUGCAAGGUCUUUGGACUCUAGCAGCUCUAUUAAACAACCCAGUUUGCAUAUGAGUGCUGCUGCAGCCUCUAGAGAUGUUACACUGUUCCAUGCGAUGGACACCUUACACAAAUACUCGUAUGACGUUUCUUCUGCCGUUUCCGCCCUUGUACCUUCUAGUGGGCCUGUUUUAUGCAGAGAUGAAAUGGAAGAAUGGUCCGCGUCUGAGGCCAACCUAUUUGAAGAAGCUUUAGAAAAAUAUGGCAAAGACUUCACUGACAUUCGCUCCGACUUCCUUCCCUGGAAAACACUAAAAAAUAUAGUAGAGUACUACUAUAUGUGGAAAACAACUGAUCGUUAUGUACAGCAAAAGAGAGUAAAAGCUGCAGAGGCCGAAUCUAAAUUGAAACAAAUUUUUAUACCAAAUUAUAAUAAACCAAAUCCGGCUGCUCUCUCGUCAAAAGGUAUGAUGAAUGGGAAUGGUGAACAAUUAAUUCCUGGAAAACCAUGCGAGUCGUGCUCAUCUGCAAUGUCAAUCCAAUGGUUUGCUUGGACUGGUCCUACUGGAGCCCAGGCUAGACUUUGCAACCCAUGUUGGAACUACUGGAGAAAAUACGGAGGGUUCAAAAUAGCUAAUAAGUCUUUGACGGACGGAGAGAUAGAAAUGACAAAGAAACCUAAAGUUGACCCUCCAUCUGACGAUGGCGAAGCCCCAGUUGAUCUUGGAUCCAUUGCUUCAUCAAUUCCAGUUGAGCGAUCACUUGGUCUCUUACAAACUAGGGUCCACAGAUGUGCGGUUGCUGGAUGCGGAAAGGACUUCAAAAUGAAAAAUCAAUUAGCAAGGCAUUACGCUGCCUCACAUGGAUUUUCAAUGAGAUCAGGCUCACCACGUCCUGUGAUGAAGACAAGAACUGCCUUUUAUCUUCAUACAACGCCAAUGACUAGAGUCUCCCGAAGAAUUUGUAGCGACAUACUAAAGACACGACAUGCCACCAGAUCACCUUUUUGGCCUAUAAAUGUUAUGUUAGUAAAGCAAGAAUGCCAGCUAAGAGUCAAUGGAAAGACAUCAGAGGAACUAAAACCAUUAGUUAAUGGUAGAACGCGAAAAUCCGCGGGUGCUUCAGUAACAGAGGUUUCAUACAAACUUGGACAAAGUGACCGAAGCAAUCCAGAGUGGUUACUGUUGACCGAGAAGGGCAAAAUUCCUCAGCCUGAAAAAAUUGCAUACCCAAAACCACCAAAGGCGCCAGAUGGGACUCUGAUAUACGAGCGAGUUCCUGACAAACAGAUAUGUGUGAGUGUGAAUAGUAUUUCUCCAUCAAGUCACCUAAAACGACGAGGGUACGAAGAACUUAAUGGAAUCGAUGGUCCACCCACCAAACGACUAGCUUGGGAUCCAACCGCAAAUCCAACAGCUCCACGAAGUAAUAGCCGCGGGGGAUCUCCUUCACCAUUGUCAUCUCAACAUUUACCUGCAACUGCCGCUAUGAAUUAUCGUACUGUUAUGAAUCACUUGAAUGGUAACAAAGCUAAAAUGACGGCUGUAACAAGAAUUGGUUCCAGGAAGCAAAUUAUUUCAUGGAUGGAUGCUCCAGACGAUUUGUACUUUGUCAGUAAUUCUGAAACUAAAAAGGUAAGAAGACUAUUGUCCACCUCAGAACUACGAAGAUUGGCCAGAUCUCCAACUAAGAAAUCGUCAAACAAAGCGUUAUCUGAUUCGGCGUCAUCUGUAACCGUUAUGCCUGCUGCUGCAGCAGCAUUAGCUGCAUCGGCGCUCGUGAUUCCUCCUCCAUCUAGGUCACCAAUGUCGACGUAGGGGUGGCUGUUUUCUUGAAAAUUUAUAACUUAUAAACCUACUACUAUUCCUAGUACACAACACUCUGGCAAUUUAUUGUAACGUUACACUAGUACAUCAUUAAUCCGUGGAUAUUGUUAAUUUUAUUAGGUUUCAUAAACUCGUCGAUAAAGUUCUGCACAAACACUUUUAUAGUAGUUGUUAGGUUGCUGAAUAUUACAAUGCUCGAGGCUCUGUGUUGUCCAUGGCCGGAACGUACGACGUACCAGGCACUAAAUGUGAUUACAAAAAACUCUAGGCUAAUUGUAAUACAGUUUUGGUAAUACUUAAUAAGUAGGUUUGAUAUUUAUGCUUGAUUUAUAGGUGUAUGGUGGUAUAUUGUACUUUUAAGACUUGGAGUUGGUAUUUUUAUCUUUUUUAGCAUGGACUGUUGUGCAUUGACUGCACGCAUUUGUUACACAACAAUUGGCUAGUUGAAUAGUCAUCAAUACACUGUAAAUUUUAAUGUUAACUGGAAUUGAGCAAUAUAUACAUAUAUGUUUAAGGAUAGGUUAGGGUUGGUAGUUAGUUACCCAAAAACUGGAAUGAAAGAUCAAAGAUAUGAUGUUAUAGUGGAUAUAGUUCGCCCCUCAAAAGUAUUAGAUAGUUUUUGCUGACAAAGGGAAUGAAUUGCUGCUUUUUGUCCCUAUUUGACAUGUAGAAACUUGCAGUAAAGUUGAGACACGCAUUAUGUUUUGAAUUGAAAGGACGUUUUUAGUAUUUAGUAAAUAUACUUAUUAUGAUGUGUUUCAAAGGCUGAUGACGGUAACAAUUCGUUAAGUUAUGCGGAUGAUAUGAAUUCGGAGAUUGAGAAAACCAAAAAUACUAUACAGCUCAAUUUUUAUUUUCUUAACUACACCAAAGACUAUUAUUGGCAAAAAAAUAUUUGAAGACUCGUCUUGAAGAGUAAUAAAAAUACAUCAUACUCUUAUUUAUCAAGUUUUCAGUUAUGACUAAUUAUUUAUAAGCCGACAGAAUCCUCCCUCACAAAAUAUCUUUCAAUUUUAUAACAGAUUGUUCCAGGUUCUGGUAAUUUCUACACAUGUUAAAUAAGAAUAAUAGUGUUAAAUAGCAAGCAAUUCAAUGUUUCUCAGUAUUGCGUACAAAGGUCCGACUGCAUUAAGAAUGAAAUGAUACUGCAGUGAAUACGAACCAACAACCAUUAGUUAGGAAUUAUUAUAGCAAGAAUAAUUUACUAUAUUAUGAAAUAUGCUCUAUGAAAGCUAUCACACGCUCUAGAUCCGAAGACAUGUGUCGUUUGAUUGAUUGAAUGAAUGAAAUAUUUAUGUUGUAUUUAUGAAUGUACAAUCUUGUACAGAAUAAUUAACUUGCUCAUGUUCAGUGCAUAUAUCUUACUCCAAGAUUUUGUAAAAUAUCAGUAAAAACUGCGGUGAAUGUUCUGAAUGAUUAUAGAAUUGGUGUACAUUUAAAAUAAACGAGCCGUUUUAUUCAAACUUAA